AUGAGGACCCUUUUGAGUCAGGAUGCUUUUUGACUUGUUUGGGAAUAUUGCUGACUGGUUUGCUACAUUUUCUAGCUCGGCAUUGUCAAAAAUCAAGUAUAUCCUUAUCAGGGCAAUAAUUCUAUUUUGUAUUGCAGUAUUUAUCUUGUGGUUGUCUGUGUUUCUUUAUGCCAGUUUUUACUAUGUUUACAUGCCUGCAGCUUCACAUGUGAGACCCGUGUAUUUGACGUUCAAUGUUUGUUCUGAUGGCUUCAGCGUUUGUUCGUUUCCAUCAGCAAAUGUGUCCUUGGGCCAUGAUGGAAGAGAGGAGAUACUGCACAAAGGGCAGCCAUAUAGAAUAUUCCUGGAAUUGGACAUGCCAGAAUCCCAAACAAACAGAAACCUUGGUAUGUUCAUGAUAGUUGUCAAACUGUAUGACAAGACUGGAAGAAUAUCACAAGAGUCAUCUAGAACUACUCUUCUGCAUUACCGGUCAUGGCUGCUGCGUACUUUGCAGACCAUUGUGCUGUUACCACUUUACCUGGCAAAUUUAGUGGAACAGUCGCAGUUGAUCAACGUGGAAGUAUUCCCCAAGUUCUUUGAUGAUCUGAACUUUCCAUCAGUUGGAGCUCUGAUUGAUGUUCAGAAUAGGAAGAUUGAGAUCUAUUCAGCAAAACUGAAAUUAUUUGCUGAUUUUGUUGGUCUCAGGUAUUUUAUGUUUUACUGGCCUUGGGUUACAUCAAUUUGUGGAGUGUGCUUCAAUUUUGUCUUCCUCACGUUUGUAGCACUAGUGUCAUGGUACCACUACUCACAGAGAGUAGAGGAAGAUGAAGAAAUGGAAGAAAUUCCAUUACUGAACAGAAGAAUGUCGGUACACGAACGCCGACUCAAACUACAAGCAGAUUUCAACAAAGAACAAGAUGAUGAAGAUGAGGAUGACAAUAAUGAGUCAGGUGGAGACCCUGAAGAAACGUCGGUGAUGACGGUCGGCAUGGUUAUCCCUGACAUCAACAUCCAGCCCCCAGAACAGGAGGAGCCAGUGGUGGAACACGUAGAGCAUGUUCACAAGUCCGUCUCAUUCGCACCACAGGUCGAGGACAAGCCUGUGAGAUUCCGGCGCCACAGCAGAGUGUUAGCAGAAGAUGUGGCCAAAUUUUAGAAGCAUUUUUAAUUUUCUAGUCAUCAUCGUGUUCUUAUUUAUAUUUUUUAUGACAUGCUUAAAACAAAGCUGUGAGAAAGGUCAGAAUUUUUACAAAACCACUUUGCCCAAGAUGGGCAGUUGGAAAUAUUUGCUCAAAAUAAUGUUGGGGUUCUUUUUGUAAAUUAAAAACAUAGUUGAUAGUAUAAGACCAGGUUUUAAGUUAAAGUAAUGUUAACUUUAUUUUUAUUUUUUAUUUAAGUCAUCUGAUAAACAAUUCAGUAAAAAGGAGGAUAUUAGCAGGGUUCCACUACUUUCUGUUGGAGAUAAAUAUGGUAACAUGCUACAGUUAGACUGCCAUCAAACUUAUAUAUUACAAAUAUACUGGAGAUGUACAAGGUUGUUUAGGACCAUUGUCCAUCAAUACCUGGAGUCAGUUUUAAUGAUCUGGCUUCAGUCUCAUAUAGAUUAAGUUAUUCUCAUUUGUAAAUUAGUGUUAAAAAAGAAACUUCUGUUUCAUAUGAAAUACACUGUUGUGAUAUUAACUGCUUGCUAUACAUACCAGUUUAGUGACGUUUAUUUUAUGCAUAAUACUUUGCAACUGAAGGUGAUUAAGGUUACAAAAAUUGCAAAGACCAUGGUGGCUAAAGUACCUAUACACAUGAAACUACCAUCUAAUAACCCCACUUCUGCUGUGUAAUAAUUUGGUGUUUUAAUACCUAACAACAUCCUCUGUGUGGACAUAUCAAACUUUUGAAAAUACAUGUAUAUGGACUUGGUUUGCAAAUACAGCCUACUCAUAUAAUUUCUCUGGUGUGUACCAGGGUUGUACCUGGCCUAUAAGGCUGAUGUCAAGACAUUUGUCUUGUCCUAUUUGACAAAUGGUUCAGUUUUAUCCAUUCAUUUUUUUAAAUUUCAACUUAAUACUUCUACAUUUAUGUAAAAUGUAAAUGGAUUUGUCGGUCCAAUAUGGAACUGACAAUUAUUUUACUUGGGCAGAAUAAUCUAAAAAGCUGCAAUAUGUAUUUAGGUUCAAAUGAUGACACCAUUCAAAUAAUGUCGCUGCAUAUCCCCACAAUAAUAAUAAACUCUCACACCAUGACUUCUGUUUUUGUCCAAAAAAAAUACUUUAUAACAUUUUAAUAGUCAGUUUUGUGGGGUCAGUGACGAUGUGGGGCCCCAAGGCAAAUGCUUCCUUUAAAAUACUACUAUUGUAAUCCAUUACUGAAUUUGAGAUUAUUUGUAGUUGCUAAUUUUUGGCAAUGUUGUGUUGAUAAUGUAAAAUCAGUGAAGACUGAAGUGAAGUAGAACUAAUUGUUAACACCAUGCAACCUAUUGUUUUUAGUGCCAAAGGGAGAUAACAGACAAAUGUUUCCCCAUUGUGUAUGAAUUUAGCAUUAGAAACCUAUCUAGUAUUUUGACCAUUAGUACUUGAACAGGGUUCAUACGUUUAAAAUAUUUUUAUUUUCGAGGACUUUUAAGCACUAUUAUAAGCCAAUUUAGCUAAGUAGUCGCUGAACUUUCUAGUUUAAUUAUUUAAUUAAUAUAUAUAGUAAAAUAUUAUCUUUUUAGUUUAUUCUUCUGGUCACGAUAUGUCAUACACAUACCCGCCCCUACCUCUUUGAACUGUUUUGAACUGUAUCUAAUUGUGAAAGAUUUCAGAACUAUAAUAACCAACUUCACAAUCUGUAUUGCACUGGUGUAUGAAGAAUUUAAAGAUGUAAGUCACAGCACAGAGUAUGCACAUGACACAGACUUUGAUAGAAUUGGUUUAUUGAUAUUUUGCUACCGCUCAGGUUGACGGUAUGUAAUAUGUUCAUUCAUCACAGGGACAGAUGUUUAUUUUUCAGGCUGAAUACUGUUUAUGCUUUGUAAAAGGAUCCAGCAAUAAGUGAUUGAUAAGCCUUAAAUAUGUCUAUAUGAGGCCAAAUAUGAACUGUUGAUCUGUUUUAUGUAUUAAGAUUGCCAAGGCAGAUUUUAUUGUACAUAGUUUAUAGUUAAUUUUUAAGUUAUGCUUGAAUAUAUUUAUAUAAUAUAUAUUGUUCUUCAUGACUGUUUUAUAAAGUUUCUCAACAUGCAUCUAUUUUAUAUUUGAAUGGUUAUGUGUACAUAUUUUUUAAAAACACAUAAAUCGAAGCUACUGUUUAACUCAGUGUGAUGAUGUUUUUGAGUCCCCUAAUGGUCCAACUUGAGGGGACUAUAAUUUUUGUCUCUGUCCAUCUGUCACACUUAGGGUUUCCAAUUAUUUGUUCGCAAUGCUUCAAGAUACUGAGCUGAAACUUUGUAUUAUAGUGUUAUCAUGUAGAGUUAUAGAUCCUGUUUGACUUCCAUUUGAAUUUACCCAUUUUGGAGUUAUGUCCCUUUAAUUUAGGAGAUGUGAAAGUUUGUUGGGCUGGGUAGGUGAGAUGUAUUGCCUCAACAGUACUCUCAGAAUGCUUGUUUAUCUUUGUAGUAGGUUUCUUUCACGUUAAUAAUUAAUGCUAGACACAAUCAGAGAAAUGUCCAACUUUUCUGCAUACUGGAAAUAAUCAAUUUAUUUCAUGACAACGAUAUUGUAUACAAUUGUUACGGUGAUCAAAAACUGUGAUACUUGUGCACAACCAAAUGAACUCCCCAACUAGAAUCAUAAGUUAUUGACUGUAUGCAUGUGAUAC